UCUAAAGUUCCUAUGAAAAUCACGGAUGUUUCGUACCCCUGUCCUCGAACCUCCCUGGCUCACUCAGUCGAUAGAUCCCCACCGUUUUAUCUCUUUGAAUUUAAAUUUCAACUCCCUUAAUCAUUCAUUUAUCGCUUGUAUAUAAAUCCCUUCAACCAUUCUUUAUUCUCCACUUCAAACUCAAAAGACUUCUCAAAUUACAACAACAUAAUAUAAUGGCUUCUAUUGAUGAAUAUUCAACUCUAGACCUUAUUCGACAACACCUUCUCAUCGAUGAUCAAUUAUUCCUUCAAACAUACCCUCUCCUUCCCGAAAACGAUCUUCAAAAUGACCGAAAAAAUUCUCCUACAUAUUCCUCGUCAUCCUUUUCUUCACAAUAUUCUGUUGCUGACACUCUAAACUCUGGUCAGAAUACCAAUAGUGUCAGCAACAAUUAUAAUAGUAAGAAUAAUAAUAGUAUUAGUAAUACUAAUAUUAUUAAAAAUAAUAGUACUAGUAUUAAAGAACGCAAAUGUUCUUUAAAUAUUAGCAUUCCGUUUCCACCACCAGUUGUUGGGGAGAAAACGGUUGCACCAGCUAAACACUAUAGAGGAGUGAGACAACGCCCAUGGGGCAAGUUCGCGGCUGAAAUCCGUGACCCAAACAAAAAAGGAACUAGGGUGUGGCUCGGGACAUAUGACACGGCCCUAGAGGCCGCAAAAGCAUACGACCGAGCCGCAUUUAAGCUUCGUGGUAGCAAAGCUAUAUUGAACUUCCCCUUGGAAAUUGGGUGUUCGACGGAAACACCGCCGGCGGUGAAGAGUACCGGCCAGAAAAGGGUAGCUGUAAAGACAGAAGUAGUAGAGGAUGUUAAAAGGCCUAAAGUUGAGCCGGAAUUUGACGGCGUUAAGACGGAAAAUGGUGUUGUGCCGUUAACGCCGUCAUGUUGGGCAGCAGCUUGUUGGGAUUUUAGUGACGGUAACGGUGAAGGGAUAUUUGAGGUGCCGCCGUUAUCACCUUAUCCAACUAUAAACUUUUCGUCUGGUUGUGUUGGUUGCUAAUUAAUGAUGGUGUUUUAACGGCGUUUACUAUGUUUAGGAAGACUUGACGUCCACGUGGAGCAAGAAGUCUUGUAUGGCGGCUGUGCCAUGUAUAUAUAUCGAGUAGUAAAAAACAAAUACAGUAUUUUGCUAGCGUUGUAGUGAUCACUAUUCAUUUGAUUUGUUGAUUUCUUUAUUUAUUAUUAUUAUUAUUAUUAUUAUUAUUA